GUGACCAGGAGGACGUUCGGGCAUAGUGGCAUCGCUGUGCAUACGUGGUACGCCUGUCCAGCACUAAUAAAGUCCAUCUGGGCUAUGGCCAUUAGUCAACAUCAGUUCUACCUGGACAGAAAGCAAAGCAAGUCCAAGAUUCAUGCUGCAAGAAGCCUGAGUGAGAUUGCGAUUGACCUGACUGAAACUGGAACGCUCAAGACCUCAAAGCUGGCCAACAUGGGGAGUAAGGGCAAAAUUAUCAGCGGCAGCAGCGGGAGUCUUCUGUCAUCAGGUUCCCAAGAGUCAGAUAGUUCUCAGUCUGCCAAGAAAGACAUGCUGGCUGCACUGAAAUCCAGGCAAGAAGCUUUGGAAGAGACACUGCGCCAACGCUUGGAAGAGCUAAAGAAGCUGUGUCUCCGAGAAGCGGAGCUCACAGGAAAGCUGCCACGAGAAUACCCCUUAGAUCCUGGGGAGGAGCCGCCUAUUGUAAGGAGAAGAAUAGGAACUGCCUUUAAAUUGGAUGAGCAGAAAAUCCUUCCUAAGGGAGAGGAGGCAGAGCUGGAACGCCUGGAGAGGGAGUUUGCCAUUCAGUCCCAGAUCACAGAGGCUGCCCGGCGCCUGGCAAGCGACCCGAAUGUCAGCAAGAAGCUGAAGAAACAGAGGAAGACAUCCUACCUGAAUGCACUGAAGAAACUGCAGGAGAUCGAAAACGCCAUCAAUGAGUAUCGCAUCAAAUCUGGAAAGAAGCCAACCCAGAGAGCCUCCUUGAUCAUAGAUGAAGGAAACAUUGCCAGUGAAGACAGCUCCCUCUCGGAUGCCCUAGUUCUCGAGGAUGAGGAUUCUCAGGUCACCAGCACAAUAUCCCCUCUCCAGUCCCCACACAAAGGACUUCCUCCCCGGCCACCCUUGCACAACAGGCCACCUCCUCCGCAGUCUCUGGAAGGCCUCCGCCAAAUGCAUUACCACCGCAAUGACUAUGACAAGUCCCCCAUCAAACCCAAGAUGUGGAGUGAGUCAUCCUUGGAUGAACCCUAUGAGAAGGUCAAGAAACGCUCCUCACACAGUCAUUCCAGCAGCCACAAGCGGUUCCCCAGCACUGGGAGCUGUGCCGAGGCGGGAGGGAGCAGCUCGCUCCAGAACAGCCCCAUCCGGAGCCUCCCCCACUGGAACUCCCAGUCCAGCAUGCCGUCCACGCCGGACCUACGGGUACGCAGUCCGCACUACGUCCACUCCACGCGGUCAGUAGACAUCAGCCCAACCAGACUGCACAGCUUAGCUCAGCACUUUAGACACCGGAGCUCCAGUUUGGAGUCGCAAGGCAAGCUCCUUGGCUCCGAAAAUGAGACGGGGAGCCCUGAUUUCUACACCCCAAGGACUCGUAGCAGUAACGGCUCUGACCCCAUGGACGACUGCUCUUCCUGCACCAGCCAUUCCAGCUCUGAGCACUACUACCCUGCUCAGAUGAACCCCAACUACUCCACCCUGGCAGAGGAUUCCCCAUCAAAAGCCAGAGAGCGGCAGAGGCAAAGGCACAAAUCAGCGGGCAACCUGGUCUCUUCCAAUUCAGGGAGCAUGCCCAACCUGGCUGCGAGGAACGGGACAGGGCACCACCGUGUCUACCUGCACAGCCAGAGCCAGCCCUCCUCCCAGUACAGGAUCAAAGAGUAUCCCCUGUACAUCGAGGGCAGCUCCACACCCGUGGUGGUGCGGAGCCUGGAGAACGACCAGGAGGGACACUACAGCGUGAAAGCACAAUUCAAAACCUCCAACUCCUACACAGCAGGGGGGAUGUUUAAGGAGAACUGGCACGGGGAUGAAGUGGACUCAGUCAGGCUCACCCCAUCCCGCUCCCAAAUCAUAAGGACUCCAUCUCUGGGCAGGGAAGGCCACGAGAAAGGCUCGGGUAGGACUGCUGUGUCAGACGAGCUGCGGCUCUGGUACCAGCGGUCCACAGCCUCCCACAAGGAGCACAGCCGCCUCUCGCACACGAGCUCCACUUCCUCGGACAGCAGCUCCCAGUACAGCACAUCUUCACAAAGCACCUUUGUGGCGCACAGCCGGGUCACGAGAAUGCCUCAGAUGUGUAAAGCAACAUCAGCUGCCUUACCUCACAGCCAGAGGAGUUCAACACCCUCGAGUGAACUAGCAGCCACGCCGCCGGGCAGUCCCCACCACAUCCUCGCAUGGCAGACUGGAGAAGCAACAGACAACUCACCCACUAUGGAUGAGUCUCAAUCUCCAACCCACCAAAGUACUGAUGAAUAGAGGAGCUACAAUGAUAGCUGUUUCCUGGAUUCUCCCCUCUAUCCAGAAUUAGCAGAUGUCCAGUGGUAUGGGCAGGAAAAAGCCAAGCCUGGGACUCUAGUGUGAACCCCUGACCUCAAGUUAAUCACAUCAAUGCCAUUCUGAGAUCACCUCACUGCCUCUCAUUUGCCUUACCCAGAUGCACUGUCACCCAGCACCAGCUUCAACUCUAAGCACUUUCCUCACGAUGCAAUUCAAGACGGCAUUUGCAGAACACCGGCCCCGAGACAUCCACCACGACAGCAGCGGCGCGGCGCGUCCCACUGCCAGACUGGUGCACGUCCCUCCCACAGCCCGCAGGCAGGCGGGUGCAGAUGAGCAGCCAGCUUCAUAGUCAGUCAGCAACUUAAAAAUUGAUUUUCCUUUGAAACGAUGGACCCCUUUCAAGGCUUACAUCAAAUCCUACUGUCCUGCAGCACGUAACAGCAGUAAGAUUUCCAUGACCUGCGAUCCAAAGCCAACAGAGCAUUAGUU